AUGAUGACGCGUAUGACGCUUUUGGAUUUCCAUGUGGACGGGGAUCACAUUUUGAAGCCGGGGGAAGAUUUGUUAGCUGCCAGAGUUGUUCCUGUCGAAUCUAUGCGGAUUUUGAAAUUCGUCGCUGAUGAUGAGUCAACUCAACAUAAAGCUUUCAACUACAUGUUCGACAACAAAGUGGGCCUAGCAUUGCGCGGUUACAGUGAUUCUGAAACAUGUCAUCCUACUUGGAACGCAUUUCGAAAAUCUGUGAGCCGGGCCGGACUGACUGUAGCAAUGAUGAAGUUGACAUUGUGUAACUUUGAUCAUGGUGCUUACAAGAGCGGAGAUAAACUGGAGGCAAAACGGGAUGCUUUCCAACAGUACUUGGUGGGCCAGGAUGAAAGUUAUUUCGAAAGUUUCCAAGAAAGCGAGAAUGACAUGGAACCUGAUGAUGAUACUGAAAUGCCUGAAGUUGACGGAGAAGAACCACCGGCCCCGAGAAACAAAGCAGAAUUUUACAAGUUGUUCAACCAGAAGGGGCCAACAAAUAUGAUUUGUGGUUUCAUGCUGGAGAAGUCUUUGAAGUUGAGCGCUCACAUCUUGGUAGAUAUUAGCUACCCUCUGGAAAACAGCUACUACCGGGCACUGGAGAAGAUUUCACAGGGAUGGACUGAACAGGAAGCGUUUAUCAGUGGCCGCUCUGCAGGUGAGUGGCUUGUGACAGUGCAUGAGAUCAUGCAGGUUUUGGAGUUUGACGCUUUUCACAACCACUUAGAGUUGUCUCAGUGCAUGCGGCUUGAAAGACCCCCAUCCCCAAACAACUGGCCAGUAUGGGCAUUGGGGGAAGAGACAGUGUUGGAUGAAGCUUACUGUUUUGGGGUGACCCUUGCCGAGAAUGUUUUGUGGUCCAAUAUCCACCACUGGCUGGAAUUUCCUAGCGUGGUUGCGACUGUUCUACACCAUGACCAGGAAGUUGUAGACAUGUCGUUCAUUCACAUGACAAAGUUGGCCAGGGCUGUGAACGCUGCAGAAAAUGUGAACUCAGCCAAAAUGAAAGAACUGUUGAGUGAUCUUGGUUGGAACCGGGAACAAUUGGCCAGGGAGUCUAUGGCCCUCAUACUUCAACUGGAAAUUGAGGAACUCAAGAAAUUGGCCCGCAGGUUGUUCAGAGGUACACCUUCGACGAAAGACUGUUUGGAAAAUACUUUUGCCUUCCUCCAUCGCAAGGCCCAGGUUCAUAGCACCAACAACAAGAUGUCAGACAUGGUGAAGUAUUUGUAUACAAUCCUGAGACAGAUUUAUGCUACAGGGUUCAAAGCGGCCGGGGUCGGAGCUCAGCAGACUGCUUCUGCAGCAGCUGCAUAUCUUUUGCAGGAUUUUGAAUCGAACUGGUCCCACAUUGACCUUUGCUGGAUCGGAAGUUUGUUCGUUUCCGGGUGCGUUUACUACAACCGCAUCAACAACAUGUAUGUGCUCAGCUUUGGUUUCCGGAAAUGGGCAACGGUAGGAUGUCCGUUGCGAAAAGAGACAAUGGAUGGGAAGGACUACCUGGUGAUCUGUGCGCCUGUCGAGAUGUCGCAACCUCUAGCACGGGACCUAUCUUGGAUGAUCAGCUAUGAAAUGGAUGGGUCGUGGCGUUUUGUCCCGGUCAAGCGGCUGAUUCGGGGCUUGUUGCCUGAAAGUCUCUUUCUAGCUGGUCGACGCUUCUGUUGGGAAAUCACAUCGGUGGAGUCAGAGUAUGAAUCUUUGAUCUAUUCAGCUGUGCGAGAGGGUACUUGGGUUGCCCUGGCAAAUUUGAGGCAAAUUUGCAACAGCCUUGGACUAGAUCCUCCCAAGACAGGAUCGGGCAAAAAUAAUUCUGUUCUCAAGGCUGAUUGGGCGCGGAAGCUUGUGGAGUUUUUGUUUCCAGAGGCUACUCAGGAGGAAAUGAAACGAAUGAUCAGUGCUCUUACCUGGAAGUCCGGCAAAAUGGGCGGAUUGAAGGACAAGGAGCGAGAAGUUUUAGAGAUGGUUUCGGAACUAGACGAAGAAAACCGUGAGGCCCCUGAAUUUCAAAAAAUCAUCAAGUUGGCUCAAUCCCGGCUGAAAGAGAUGGAGAAACGGCAAAUAGUCUCAACAACCAAAACGAUGGUCUUAGAAGAAAAAGAAAGAGCAGACAAGGCAAAGGCAGAGGCAGAAGCCGCAGCAACACAAGAGCGAGAGAGGCGAGAAAGAGAGCAAGAACUACCCAGUGCAAGUUCAGGAAUUAGGAGACCUUCUCAAACUCCUGCCAAUCUCAGGGAUUUGUUGUUGCCGGAAAUGCUCGCGCAGAAGAUUUCACUGAAUCGGGACCCCGGUAAAGAGAUUGGCCUCCAAAAGAACUUUCAAAGAAAGUGGCAUACGGCCAAGUGCUCGGAAGAGCACGCCGGCACUCGAGAAGAUCAAGGAAUUCAUCGAGAACUCGUCCAAAUCGAAGCGGAGGUGGCUUCCAGACGGCUACGCCUCCAUGGAAGCUUCCAGGAAGUGGAUCGUUUGCGGCGAGGAGCUGUGAGUAUGGGCCAGGCGCGAACGGUCUUCACCAUUCUCCGGAUCGAGUUGGAUCAAAAGGAGUUGGAGAUGCUGCAACGACUCUAUGACGUGGAUGGCCUCUUCAACUACCGGGACUUCUGCAAUCGAAUCCUGGAGGUUCCACUGGAUGCCAAACUUGAGGAUAUCUCUCCAAUCUCAGCCAGUGAGGGCCCUCCUUAUCUCAAGAGGCACGAGCGCGUGCGCACGCGACAUGCCCUGCAGCCGGAUGCAGAGGCAGCUGGGAACUGCUGGAAGAAGCUGAGCAUGGCUAUGGAUAGCACGUCGGGCCGAACACAGGACGAUCAACGUGAAGGCCUUAAGGUUCAGAAGCACAAGCCUCGUCUCGCUGGGCCGAUUCGGGAUGCCGUCAGCUGA